AUGGAGACAUUUACUAUACAUGAUUUGCUUAUUAAUAGCACGGACAUUUAUAAAAUACUGUGUGAAUUCGCCUUCAGAAACUUAUCCGAGUGUGAGAAUGCAAGUGAUACCGGUACAUCACAGCCAGCUCAUGAACCCAAAGAUAUAAACCAGACGGUGCGUAUCGUGCUUUACUGUGUCAUCUUCCUGCUGAGUGUUCUGGGGAACAGCCUGAUCAUCACCGUGCUGGUGAGGAAUCGACGCAUGCGAACCGUCACCAACCUCUUCCUGCUGUCUCUGUCUGUCAGCGACCUGAUGCUGUGUGUGAUCUGUAUGCCCUUCACCCUCAUUCCCAACCUGAUGAAGAACUUUGUGUUUGGCAGCGGCAUCUGUAAAGUGGCCACUUACUUCAUGGGUAUCUCAGUGAGCGUGUCCACUUUCAACUUAGUGGCCAUCUCUUUGGAGCGCUAUAGCGCCAUCUGCAACCCACUAACGUCACGCACCUGGCAGACCAAGUCGCACGCCGCCAAAGUAAUCAGUGCUACAUGGCUGAUCUCCUUCCUGCUCAUGCUGCCAUACCCCAUCUCCAGCACGCUGGUGCCAUACCGCCGCAACAACAACAGCACAGGGAACAUGUGUCGCCACAUUUGGCCGAGCGACGUCGUUCAGCAGUCAUGGUACGUGUUCCUGUUAUUGAUUCUCAUCCUAGUGCCGGGAAUUGUGAUGAUGACAGCUUAUGGGCUAAUAUCAGUCGAGCUCUACAGAGGAAUCAAGUUUGAAAUGGCUAAUAGGAAGUCUAACCGAGAGAGACAGAGCAGCACAGGAAGCCUUAAGCCCAGCGAUAGCGACGGUUGCUACCUUCAGUCGUCCAAAAAGAAGCGCUCAGAGUCCUUAAACAAUCAAACAGCACUACUAGUUUCCAGCAACCCCAGCAAGCCCAAGCUGAGCCGAGUGUGCAGCAGCAGCCCCACGGCUAACCUGAUGGCCAAGAAGCGGGUGAUCCGCAUGCUGCUGGUCAUCGUUGUGCUUUUCUUUAUCUGCUGGACCCCGGUGUAUGCAGCGAACGCAUGGAGGGCGUUUGACCAGCGCUCGGCUGACCGCAUUCUCUCCGGAGCUCCUAUAUCAUUCAUCCACCUCCUGUCAUACACCUCUGCCUGCGUCAACCCCAUCAUCUACUGUUUCAUGAACAAGCGCUUCCGUCAGGGCAUGCUGGCCACCUUCUCGUGCUUUGCUAAAAAGUCGGCGCACGAGGGCAGUGGUAGCGGGCGUCUCAGUGCUGGAGGAGGAGCGGGUGGAGGAACUGGAACUGCAGGAGUGGAAGGGCAGGAGAAUACACAUAACAGUGGGACGCUCACCAGGCUGACCUACAGUAGCAUCCGUGGCUCUACACAUGCAUAACAGGAGGAGAAGACACAACCUCGGAAGAUAAGGUUCUGCACUUAAGCUCUGCAUUUAAUAAAUCACAUACUGAUAAUGG